AUGUCGUCUGGAUCUGAGCCUCGAAUGCCUUAUACGGCCCCUCAACAGGACAAGGAGGGCUCAGAGACAUUGGAAGGAUCCCAUUCCGCAAAGGACUCCGACCUCUUCUCACACCCGCACGAGUUUCCCGAAGGCGGUCUGGCUGCUUGGAUGACAAUUUUUGGAGCAUUUCUUGCACAGUUAUGCGGGAUUGGUUAUACCAUGUCAUUUGGUGUCUACCAAGACUUCUAUACCCAGCAUUACCUCACAAACGAGACAUCGUCUGCCAUAUCAUGGAUCGGGAGCCUGAACACGUUUCUAGUCACUGCUGUGGGCCUUGUAUCAGGUCCACUAUACGACCGAGGAUAUUUCUACCACCUCAUAAUUGCUGGAUCGCUCCUGCAGAGUUUCUCUCUAUUCAUGUUGUCUUUGUCAAAACCCGAUCAGUACUAUCAGAUAUUCCUUGCUCAAGGUUUAGGCAUGGGUAUCGCGUCGGGGCUCGUGUAUGUCCCGACCAUCACUAUUGUUUCGCAUUACUUCCGACGGAAACGCACACUGGCUAUGACAUUCGUCGCUUCGGGCUCAUCGCUGGGUGCUGUCAUCCAUCCGAUUAUGCUCAAUAACCUCCUGAAUGGUCGUCUUGGUUUUGGAAAUGGCGUCCGCGCAAGCGCAGGGUUUGUCAGCGUGCUCCUUUUGAUUGCAUGUCUAUGCAUGCGAACUCGUCUUGAUCCGCCGGUGACACCAGCGAACUAUAUUGUGGCAGCCAAAAAAUGCAUUGGUGAUGCACCAUUUAUUUGCAUGAUAGCAGGGGGCUUUUUUUUCCAGACCGGCUUCUACUACCCGUUGUUCUUCAUUCAACUCGACUCCAUCGAGCACGGUCUCAGUGUCACCUUCUCGUUUUACUCUUUAGUGAUUUUAAAUGUAUCUAAUUGCGUGGCACGAGUCACGUCAGGUUUCAUCGCGGCGUUCACGGGAGUGCCAAACUUGGUCAUAGUUGCGACGAUUUCGGCUGGUGUGCUCAAUUUGGGCAUGAUUGGAUUGAGUAGCCUGGCCAGCGCCGUUGUACUUAGUGUGAUGUAUGGCUAUUUUGCAGGGCUAUACAUUGCAAUGAUGGCUCCGCUUGUGGCUACUUUAACGCCCGACCUCUCUGAGCUUGGCGCGCGGAUGGGCAUCUGUUUCUUCAUUAGCGGAUUCGGAGGCUUGAUCGGAACACCCAUAUCUGGCGCUCUGCUGACAUCGAAUUAUACCUGGUGGAUACCCGCUGUGUUCUCCGGGGUCGUUUCAGUGACUGGUGGUAUGAUGUAUGCGGUCAUGCGGUUUAUAUUUGUCAGAAGGCAGAUAAAAGAAAAUGCAUAA